AUCAAAUUGCUAUUUUAAGCACUUCUCGGCAAUGAAUCGUCUCCAAUUGUUUUCAAAAGGACUACGACUAAUACACAAAAUGUCAGAGGAAGCACUUGCAGGCGUGCCAUCGGUGCAUAUCAGCCCAGAGGGCAUCUUUAAAUACAUCUUGAUCAAUGUCAUCGAUGGCGGAGAUGCCUCAAAGGCUGUGAUUCGUGGGUUUUCGGAUUGCGAGUGGCAUGCCGACAUUUUCGAUCGUGAGGAAGAGGUCUUCAAAAAGCUGGGACUGCGCGCCGAAUGCCCCGGUGGCGGACGCAUCGAACACAAUCCCGAAAAGAAAUACCUGAAGGUCUACGGAUACUCUCAGGGCUUUGGAAAAGCUGAUCACGCGCAGACCAAACGGAUCCUGGCCACUAAGUACCCGGAUUAUACAAUUGAAACCUCUGAUGAAGGAUACUAACUGCAAAUUGUGAUGUGAAAAACACUUUCUAACACCUUAACAUGAAAUUACCAUUGGCUACGUAGUAAUUUACAAUAAUAUUUUGAAAUACAGUUAUUUGCGGAUUACCGGCUUUUUAAAAAAGUGGUCGUUUUUAUCUCAUUACUAUAGGGCCCUGCGUUUAUUGUGAGAUAAUAAUAACAAUAUUUGUAUAUUUUAAUAAACUAUCAUAUGUGCCAUGAUUUUACUGCACUUGAAAUGUAAAAAAUAUGUUCAAGGAAAAACAUUUGUUCAGUAGCUGUGAAACUGCUCAACUAAGCCUAACUUUCUGUAUCUAAAUUAUUUAAGUUCUAAAUUUAAAAUUCCCUUUGGCAAAAUAUAAUGAAAUUGAUAAAGUGUUUGAGCUUGUUACCGCGAUGUGUCUCUCCUUUGC